GAUUUUUUUAAAAGCCCAAAAGCCCUGAGUGAAGUGGGUUGGAACAGGGUUGGUGUCCUUUUAAUCCCUUCUCGCUAAAAACUCUAUUUCUCUCUCUCUGUCAGUUUAAAGUUUUGCCCGAAACUUCUUCUUCAUACCCACGAACCUCGCCACUGUGCUCUCCUCCGUUCCCCGUUGAGCCAAAUACAUUCUUCGUAGAACAAAAUUCCGGUUCCGCCUCCGAAUUUCAUUUCCAGACAGAGGUACUGAUACGAAGGGAUAAAAUUGGAGCUCAAACAAAUUCGAUCAAAGUGGGAUCAAGAAUUGAGAGGUCUGGUGCCAUUACUAUUACAAAGUUAAAGUGGGGAAAUUCCAGGGUGAUUUCAGGAAAGGAAAGAAAUUUCAGCUCUUGUUUUGUAAUUGAGGUAUAUUCAUUUUCACCUUUUGUAAACCCAGAAGCAUUUCUCUGAGAAAGGUGCCAUUUUUUGCUGUUUUUCUCAAUCUCAACCAUGGAAAAACCGAAGACUGUGACGGGUUUGAUUCUUUUGCUUUUUGUUUUGGGUGUGAGUGCUUGGACUGGUGAAAUCCAUGGAAGAGUUGUUUGUGAUGUUUGUGGAGAUUCUUCUCUUGGACCUGAAGAUCAUGUGGUUGAAGGUGCUGAGGUUGCUGUUCUUUGCAUCACCAGGUCUGGAGAGGUUCUAAACUAUCAGGCAUUCACAGAUGCCAAGGGGAUAUACACAGUGGCCGAGACAAUGCCGGAGAGUGAUCGUUGGGAUGCAUGUCUAGCUCGACCAAUCAGUAGUUUCCAUGAACAGUGCACUCAACUUGGUGAGGGCAGCUUGGGAGUCAAAUUCAGUUACAAUCACCCAUCGGGAUAUUCACACAAUGUCAGGACCUUUGUGUAUCGACCCACCAAUGUUCCAACGUACUGCAUAUGAUUUGUGUAUGGUCUUGUUCUUCUGAAUCUGUGAGUUUAUGCUUUGGUUGAACUAGUUCAAAACUGAUGAGCAUAUGAACAUAUUCUCUUUAUACUAUACAUGUAGGUGAAGUUGUGUUCCAGUGUUUCUUUAGAACCCAGAAAUAGUAAGCAUGAGACGUUUGAGUAAUUGUAAAUGAUAAUAUUAUAGAGAGCAAAGCAAAAUCAUAGUAAUGGCACUGUCAUUGAACAGUGCAAUGAAUCUCAUGGCUUAAGUGCACGUUUAUUCUUA